AUUUUUCACUUAUACCGUAAAAUUCUCUUAUUACCUAGCAGUAGCUACGAGUGGUCGAUUGUAAAAUGAUUGUCAAAAAACAUUUCUUCGCGUUAUGCUCGUUCAUUUUAGUGGCAAUAGUAGAUGCCGGUAAAACCUCGGAAGAGGCUAAACCAGAUAUAGCUAGAGCAGCACCUAUAGGAAAAACGAGACGAGCUAAAAUGGAGGAUAAAACUUCCAUCGGCACUUUAUCCAACGUGAUAACUCAAAUUCAGAAUCUACCUAACAUGGAUUUGGGUAAAAGAUUUAGGUCACCGUGCAAAACAGGAAACCGAUGUGGAAAGGUUAUAAGAAGACUGAUGGUACCGAAGCUGGCGCAGUUGGAAAACACGAUCAUGGGCAUCAUGAAGGAGUUGGCCAAGAUGCCGCCGGGAGCGCGACUCCCCGAUAAGUUCACCAAGACAGAACCUAUAAAACUUCUGCUGGACCAGAAUUAUAAGGAGGAAGUAUGCACUGAUAAACUAGAGACCUGCCUGAAAGAGGACAAGCGACGCAAGCGCAUACUGAAGAAAUUGUUCUUCAAGAAGUACAACGGGCUAAGACAGGAACUCAUUGGUUACGGGGGACGGCGGCUCUGGGGAGGGGACGGCAAUUUGUUCUACAGGAAGUAAUUAGCAAUGGGAAGAGAGA